AUUCUGGAUUUGCACUGUGUUAAACAAGAUUAUGGGAUGGAGAGCUCUCCCAGCCCACGAGAGCAUAACGCACAGGCUAUUUGUCGGCUCGGAUGCAGCAGCAUCCCCUCAGAAGCACAGCUUCAGCGCACACAGUCAGACUGUCUCAGCCCGUCCAGGAUGCUGUACCACGCCGUCGGGGGAUCUCACACUCCAAGCCGUGCGUAAUUUCUGCUGAAAUAAAUCUGGCGACGAAAUCAACUAUAAUGUGAUUUAGACUGCAUGGGAUCAACGGCGAGCACAAAAACGGAGUUAAGAAAAACCCUGCAAACUCUCUCCGAUUUAACUUGAAACCGGAGCAUGGGAGACGUCUGCACGGAUGCAGCUCCGCAUCGGCUUCAGAAGUUGGACAGACAGAGAAUUAAUGGGUAUGACUCUUGAAUUUGGACGAGCAUCCCCACGCUGUACAGACGUCGUGCAAUAUUUUAGAAGCCCAGCGGUGGACCUGACCCAAUGUCCAUGGUAUGUGUCUUUGGAGGGUGUUAUAUGAUCAACAUGUGGCACAUGAACGUCAGUCACAUUUAAUCUGUCUGAGGCAUGGAGGAAUAUUGAUCUCCAAAGAGCCCGUGGGUGCCACUUAUUAUUCACGGUAAUGGAAUGAAGACACUUUAUUGAGAAAAUGGAUGAAAGACCCAGUAAGCUAAUUUUGGUUCCUAUUUUAGCUGUACUCUUUGUUAUGAUAGGUUACCAGUACAUUUGUCCUGCUGGCAGCAAUUCGUGCCACUUUAAGACCGACGAGAAAUCGAGUCUAAUUUCAGCCCCGUACCAGGACAGCGAUGAUUUCUACAGAGAUCAAGACAUGGAGGAUGACAGCCCUCCAAAACUACCCUCCAAAUUCAACUUCACCGAGAGAGAUCUAGACAGACACGUGGAGUUCAACAUGAAAGGGGACGACGUGAUAGUGUUUCUGCACAUCCAGAAGACCGGAGGAACCACUUUCGGGAGGCACUUGGUGAGGAAUAUUCGCUUGGAGCAGCCGUGCGACUGCAAGCCCGGACAGAAGAAAUGCACAUGUCACCGACCGGGGAAAGAGGAGUCCUGGCUCUUCUCCCGGUUCUCUACUGGCUGGAGCUGCGGGCUGCAUGCAGACUGGACCGAGCUAACGAACUGUGUUCCUGUCAUCAUGGAUAAGAAGGAGGCCCAGAGGAAUAAAAGGAACUUCUACUACAUCACCAUGCUGCGCGACCCAGUCUCCCGCUACCUGAGUGAGUGGAAACACGUCCAGAGAGGAGCCACAUGGAAGACUGCCCUCCAUAUGUGUGAUGGACGCUCACCCACCCAGGACGAGCUGCCCACCUGCUACAGCGGGGAUGACUGGUCCGGUGUCACCCUGACAGAGUUCAUGAACUGCCCGUCAAACCUCGCCAACAACCGGCAGGUCCGCAUGCUGUCCGACCUGAGUCUGGUGGGCUGCUACAACCUGUCGUCCAUGAACGAGAGCCAGCGCAACCACAUCCUCCUAAGCAGCGCCAUGAGCAACUUGAAGAACAUGGCUUUCUACGGCCUCACCGAGUUCCAGCGCAAGACGCAGUACCUCUUUGAGCGGACGUUCAGCCUGCGCUUCAUCUCCGCCUUCACGCAGCUCAACAGCACGAGAGCGGCCAACGUGGAUCUGAGCGAGCUCGUGCGCAGGCGAAUCGAGGAGCUCAACUUCCUGGACGUGCAGCUGUACGAGUACGCCAAGGACCUGUUCCUCCAGCGGUUCCAGUUCACCCGGCAGAGGGAGCACCAGGAGGUGCGCUUGAAGAGGCGGGAGGAGAGGCGCUGGCUACGGGAGCAGAGGGACCAGGGAAGGCCCUGGUCGCCCAAACACAGAGGGGGCGAGAACACGGAAGGGACAGGGGAAGGAGGUUUGGAGAAGCAGAGUGACAGUGACUUCCCCCCGACCACCACCGAGGACUACACAAGCCAGGUGGCUCGUUGGUGAAGCUUUGGUCCCAGAUAGAGAGAGCUGAGCGAGAGAAAGAAGCUGACGGAGAUUCCUCACAGACUAUGCUGAAACUCUUCACGUGACUCUCUCUCUCUCUCUCGUCUUUAAUCCGUCUCCUGCAUCCACCUGUUUUGUCAGCUUCAGUGUGAUCCAAGUGCUCCGCUAUUUCUUUACAAAAAAACUGCCAAGUCUGUGAGUUUCACAGCAGCUCUGUCUUGGAGUUGCCUUGGGUGUCUUAAUUCUUUAAAUGCUGUUUAUCUAUUUUCUGUCAUUCAAUUAUGGCCUUGGUUAUUUAAGAUUUACCGGACGAGAAAAAAAAAAAGUAGGCUACUUUGAUUUAAUUUGACAUUCGCAAAAGGGAAUGAUUGUCUAUGUUGCAAUAGAUACAAAAUAUAUUUCAUCUGAAAGUUGCAGUAGCGGAACUGAUGGUUGCAUGUCACACAUCUUUUACAUACAAUUGGGGAGAGCGAAUUCCAAAAGACAUCAAUUUAACGUGAAUAAUGAAGACAAUGUUUUCUUUGAAUUAAAAGCCGAUCUUAAAACCACAUCAUAUGCAUGCAAUAACCAUCAUUUAAAUCAAAUUAUAAGACUCUUAAGACUUAUGUCUGAUGCUAACAGUUUUGUUUUUUCUACAGUGCAAUAUAUUUUCUUUAAGUGCAAUAACUAUCCAAAAAACAACAACAACACGCCGGCAGUGAGAUGACAUCCAGCCGAACAAAACUGCUACAGUCCUCCCCUGCACUUUUGGUGAAACGUUGUGUUUGUGGUGGGGCGGGACUGAAGCAUAUCUUGUGAGAAAAUUCCUUUUUGAAGUCGCGAGUUGCAGAGAUUAAAAGUUGGUAAAUGGUACAGGUGAUGAAAUGUGUCAGCGUGCCCGGUAUGCGGCUCGACUGUGAAUGAGAUGAUCAGCAUUCAGCUCUCACGGCCCUCCCCGUCACACUGGCUGCUUUUACAUAUUUGUAGAGCUGGCGGAAACUGCACUGUGGGCAGCGAGAGCCAGCAGAGCGCCUGGGACACAAAGAGGAGCCUCAAAAGCAGAUAGAAGGGACAUAAAACACCCUCGUCGUUCCCUCGUCCCGACAGUUCCCACAACCUCCGAAACCGGCUUGUUUUUAUCUGCUCAAAUAGACUCACCGUGAUGUUUUUUUUUGUUUUUUUUUUCCAUGUCUCUUAUCUCAUUUUCACUCACGAGGCUUGCUUAUCAAAUUCUCACUAAAUGUCAACACUGCUGCUGCUAUUGUAACAGUAAUUUCUGUUCAUGUUUCUCCUUUGGUUGCAGUUAAAAUACCUCAUGUGGCACAGUCUCGCUUCGUUUUGUUUUCCGUCCUGUUUGGGUGAUUCAUUCAGCUGCUGCAGUGAAUGGGGUUUGAAUGAAUACCAGUUCUGAGCUGCUGCUGCUGCUGCUGCUGCUACUGCCUCCGCCGCUGCUGUUGCUGGGAGGUGUACGGCUGCACCUGCCUGUAUGUCUGUUCAGUCAGCGAGUUCAGUCAGCGUUGGCACGGACUGAACAGAAGAAAGGGAGACGAGGUGUGUAGCACAGCGAUAACUCGCUGCAAGUGUUUCAAGUGUGGCUAGCCGUGCCGCCGCUCUGAAUAUUGAAAUGUUCCGUGCCUAAUUUUAAAAUCACGCCAUUUGCGGCGGGGCGGAGGAAUAAUGCAAAAACGAACAAGCCCUUUCACGUCAAACGAUGCCAGGAUGCUCUGCUGCUCUGCUGUAGUCACUCAUAAUGGAAUAUAUGAACUGCUGAAGGCCCCCCCACCUCCCGAAUGUAUUAGUGUUUCCAUUUAAAUUAACAUAAAAGGAACAUUUUCACACACGUUUGUGAGGUACUUAAAAAGUUUCAACUUUCAACAGCAGAAAUUUGUGUGUUCAUUCAGAGCGGAAUAUUCUCACAUUUGCCCCUUUUUUUCGCAGACAUCUUGACAUGUGGAAAGCACAGUGUCUAAAUAAUAAGAGUAAUUACCGCUGUAUUCCACUUUGCUGCUUGGUAAUGUCAUUAGCGAAACCUGUGAUUUUCCCUGCUGUAACAAUGGAAAAUGUCUGCUGUGGGAAAAAAAGAAAAAAAAAGAAAGAAAAAGCCCACUGCAACAGAGUUCCUCUUCAAACCGCACGUAAAGCGAAUGCAUUUAGAGCUAAAACUGUUCCUACUGGACCGUGAGAAGAUUUCUAUUUAAAACGGCAACUGUCAGGCAGAUGUAUUAUUUCUUUGCUAACACUGCAACUUACACAGCGAUUUGAUUGCGCAGUACGGAUAAAUACAGUGGGAGAGUAGAAGACAGAGGGGAAGAUGGGAACAUUUAUAGGCAUUCUUUUAAUAAAAUGAAAUGCUGCGCUCCUCUGUGACAGCAGAAUUACAACGUUCCCCGGUGACAGAUGGCAUGAGCUGUAGAAAUGCCACGUAGCUAUUAAUGAAACACUCAUGAAACACUUGGAAAUGUGCUACCGGCCCCAUUUUUACAUACAUAUGUGUAUAUGUGUGAGUGUGUGUGUGUGUGUGUACGUGUGUUCUCAUUGUAUUGAUGUGUAUUCAAUAGCAGUCAUGAACUGUGCAUUCAUUGCCUUGGCAUUAUCAGCAAAGUAUAUAUAAAAACUGACUUUUAAAAGUUGAGUUCUCAUCAGUCCACGAACAAAUCUUUUACAGAGUUAAAGUUUGCACCGUCUGUACCAUCAUAAAAACGCGACAUUUAUUCUCUUUAUCUCUGUGAUUUCUAUUUAUGUGCUUCACUGAACCUUGUCCUAUAGGACUUUCCAGCCUACGGUGUAGAUUUAAGAAAAAAAAAGCAAAAAAAAAAAAAGCAAACACAGAUUUUCACCCUAAAUGAAACUGCCAUUCCCAGAAAUGUGUGACAUGCCACUUUGUAAAAGAAGGAGUUUGAUGAACUCGUGCUGCCACUCGGUGAAGAGGUGUUUGAGAAGGUGAUUUAUCUGUUUAUCUGUUUUAACGAGAACCGCUUCGUCCGAUGGCAAUCAGCGACGUUGGAGGAGAGCUUUCUUGGUGUAAGAAAUUCAGUGUACAUAGUCAAAGUCUUGUGAUGAAAAGAACAAUCCAAAAGCCUUUUGGCCUGUUAUAUAUUUAAUCUGCCAAUUUUCUUGUCAGACCCUAAAUAAAAAAGAAAAAAGAAAAAAAAAGAGUGAGUUCUGCUUAACACAUCAGAAAUAAAUGCAUCGAAUGGCCAUGACAUUAUUGUGUGGGCUGUUUUUAUACUGAGGGCUUUGGUGACAACACUGCUACAUUAACUUAUUAGGGCAUGAGAGCUGUCAUUCGUUCCAUCAUACAGCGGGAAAGUAUA